GGCGCGCGGGGCCGGCCGGCACGCGGGGGCGGCGGGCGCGGCGCCGCCAAUCGCAGACAAAGGCCGCCCCAGUGAAUCAUGUGGUGCCGGGGGAGGAAGUGCGGCUUGUUUUCUUUCCUCCAGUCGCCGGGCUCCCGGAGGAGCAGCGCGAUGCGUGGAGACCCCCGCGGGGGCGGCGGCGGCGGGGGCGAGCCCCGAUGAGGCCCGAGCGGCCCCGGCCGCGCCGCAGCGCCUCCGGCCCCAUGGAGGCCCCGCCCUGGGACCCUCUCCGCAACGACACGCUGCCGCCCACCUUGACCCCGGCCGUGCCCCCCUACGUGAAGCUCGGCCUGACGAUCGUCUACACUGUCUUCUACUCGCUGCUCUUCGUGUUCAUCUACGUGCAGCUCUGGCUGGUGCUGCGCUACCGCCACAAGCGGCUCAGCUACCAGAGCGUCUUCCUCUUCCUCUGCCUCUUCUGGGCCUCCCUGCGCACCGUCCUCUUCUCCUUCUACUUCAGGGACUUCGUGGCGGCCAACGCGCUCAGCCCCUUUGUCUUCUGGCUGCUCUACUGCUUCCCCGUGUGCCUCCAGUUCUUCACCCUCACGCUGAUGAACUUGUACUUCACGCAGGUGAUUUUCAAAGCCAAGUCUAAAUAUUCUCCCGAGUUACUCAAGUACCGGUUACCCCUCUACUUGGCCUCACUCUUCAUCAGCCUCAUUUUCCUGUUGGUGAAUUUGACCUGUGCCGUGCUGGUGAAGACAGGGACAUGGGAGAGGAAAGUCAUCGUAUCCGUGCGCGUGGCCAUUAAUGACACGCUCUUUGUGCUGUGUGCCAUCUCUCUCUCCAUCUGUCUCUACAAGAUCUCGAAGAUGUCCUUGGCCAACAUUUACUUGGAAUCUAAGGGCUCCUCUGUGUGUCAAGUGACGGCCAUCGGCGUGACUGUCAUCUUGCUCUACACCUCCCGAGCCUGCUACAACCUAUUCACCUUGUCGUUUUCUCAGAGCAAGAGUGUCCACUCCUUUGAUUAUGACUGGUACAAUGUCUCAGACCAGGCAGAUUUGAAGAAUCAGCUGGGAGAUGCUGGAUACGUAGUGUUUGGAGUCGUCCUUUUCGUGUGGGAACUAUUACCUACCACGUUAGUAGUUUACUUCUUCCGAGUGAGGAAUCCCACGAAGGACCUAACCAGCCCUGGAAUGGUCCCAAGUCAUGGAUUCAGUCCCCGAUCCUAUUUCUUUGACAACCCUAGAAGAUAUGACAGUGAUGAUGACCUCGCAUGGAAUAUUGCCCCUCAGGGGCUCCAAGGAAGUUUUGCUCCUGACUACUAUGACUGGGGACAACAAACGAACAGCUUCUCGGCCCAAGUUGGGACUUUACCAGCCAACUCAGUUUUGGAUCCUGAUAAAGCAAGUCGCGAGUAGUGUCAGUUCCCAGGUUUCUGGGCCACUCGUUAGAGGACUGACGAUGACAGCUGAAAUUUUAGGGCACUUUCUCUUAAGAAAUAGGACUGGAUUUUUUUUUUAUGUUACAAGUUUGUAAUGACUUCAUAGGACCAAGCAAUAAUUUAGAUCGAUAUAGCCUUAUUUUAGUACUAAAAAGCGAGCCCGGCUACCUAUUUCAGUGGGUAUAAUUUAAACUUAAAAAAAAAAACCUGUACUUUUAUAAAGACGUAUUUUAUAUAACUUAAAUAAUAAUGCUAAACUAUAUUAGGUGUUUUUGAGAAUGUUAUUGAAAUACAUGUUGUAGUUUGCACAAACUUCUAUGCAUAAUUCACUUUAAAAGUAGAAAAGAUGGUGGAUUUUUGAGGCUUUUAGAUUAAAGAAUUCCUCAGAUCCUUGCCUUUUCUGAGAAUCUCACCUCCACACUGGUAGAUACUAGAAAGCCAAUUGCAACUCCAGUGUUAAAGCCUAAUGGAAUAUCAGCAAAUUAUAAGGGAACAGACUCCUUAAAAUUCUUUAAGGUUCAGAUUUGGGCCUUAAAGAAUCCUGAAUUUUGCCAAAAGCUUGGUAUUCACAGGUCACGAAUAUGUAUGCUUCAGUAAGUUGAUAAUAAGUUGAUGGAGAGAAUUGACUAAGCUAUUAAAACCUGCUCUACUAUAUUAAUAGAGAUUUUUGCAUACUUUUUCAGCCCUUUGAAAUCUAAUAUCCAUUACCUCGAAGUUCAGCAGAACUACCCUCAAAUUACUCACAGUUAUUACAUUCAGAGAGAAAAUGUUUCCUAAAAGAAGUUAAUAAUGGAAGUUUUUUUUUGAGCUAAAAUUCUGGAAUCCUAAUAAUUUAUGGAAUCUAAUGAUUUCCUUUGUGUUGUUCAAUCACAUUUAAUAUUAUGGCUUUAAUUUUUUUUUUAACUCUUGAGAGCAGCCUCCUAGAAGUUGCUUGUUUAAAAUAGGAAAGCAUUUUCUUCUCUAAUGACUCCUGACUUUUAGGUAUUUAAAAGGACUUGUUCCAGACAAUUGCUUAUAAGCCAUCUUUUAUUUAAAUGAAAAACAUUUGUCAUGAAAUAUGAAUUUCCCCAAGCCUGAGUUUCAGUUCUGCAGUUGUAGAAUCUGCCUCUACAGCUCUGUCUAAUUUUCCCCAAACACAUAAGGUACCAGAGGAAGUCCUGUUUCCAGGGGAAAAGUGUCAUUUUGCUCUGCUAAGAAAUCUCACCUGUGGAGACAGAGGGAGGGACAGACGAAGGGACGAACAAGAAGAAACUUACAUUGCUAAAUCCUAUCUAUAUGAUGAAACACACUAAAAUUGUCUUUUUAUUUUCCACUUGGUUCUCUAGGAUUAAUUUGCCUUCAGACAUCGAUUUCAGAGAGAUUAGACAAUUCUCUGUUUAUUUUGAUAAUAUUUCAAAUGGGAAUCCCAAAUUUUAAAUGGAUUAUGGUUGACUUGUUAUUUGCAUAGAAUAAUUUUACCUCACAUGAAAAUCCCACACACCAACAUUUUUUUAUGAACUUUCAGUAGAUAGAAUUUGAGUCACUCACCACUUAACAGUUACUAUCAGGGAAACAGAGAUAUGGAAGCAAAGUAUUAUUACUGUGGGUUAUUCAGUUAGUCUCAAAAUAUUGUAAGCUAUUAUUCUAAAUAGCUUCAAGACACCUUACUGGUCACAUCACAGAUCUUGGUCAUUAAUACAAGAAUUUAAAGGGAGACCCACUUAGCACAAGAGCCUCAAACUCUCAAAUGGGACCAGAGUGACAGUACAGCAGGUAAUGCGGCUUGCCUUGCACAUGGCCAUCCUGGGUUUGACUAUCGGUACCCUAUAUGGUCUCCCAGGCCCACCAGGCGUUAGCCUUGAGCACAGAGCCAAGAGUAAGUCCUGAGCACUGCUGGGUGUGACCCCCAAACUGAAAACCAAACAAAAAGACAGAACCUCUCAAAUCAGCUGAAGAUACAAAAAUAUUUUAAGGGGCUGGAGCGAUAGCACAGCGGGUAGGGCGUUUGCCUUGCACGCGGCCAACCCGAGUUCAAAUCCGAGCAUCCCAUAUGGUCCCCUGAGCACCGCCAAGGGUAAUCCUGAGUGCAUGAGCCAGGAAUGACCCCUGUGCAUUGCCGGGUGUGACCCAAAAAGCAAAAAAAAAAAAAUAUUUUAAAGCAUGCUAAAAAAGAGUCAGUAAAAUCAUGUGAUUGUUACAUAGACUUUAUUUUUGCUGACAGGAGAGUAGAAAGACCAGGCGUUAACUGAAUAAAAAGCUCUAUUUUGGGUAAUAAAGCUGCUAUUGACCUUUUUUUAUGGGAAAGGAUAAAACUGUCCUAAGUGCCUAUUUUUUUCCCUUAUUCUUUUUAAAAAGUGUUGCUAGCAGACAAGUGCUAUUAACAUUGAUAAGAAAAUCCCACUAGGAUUUUAUCGAACAAUCUUUCAUAGUAAACAUCCAGGUAUACUCUGUGGCCUGUUGCAGGGAUAGAAAGCAGAAGGAAAUUAAAAUUUCCUGCAGUCACCUCAUUUACUUGUUGUGCUGCUAAAAACACCGGCAAGGCUACUCCUGAUGUAAAAUAAUAAAUGCUCAGAGAAGGCAAGGAAUGGUAAUUACUGGUUUUACAAGGCCCAGAAGUCCUCUUUAAAGCAACAUGGUAAAAUUAAAACCCUGAUGAUUUCAGAGUUAAAAUUUAACUCUGAAAGAAGCAACAGUGUCACUGAAGAUCACUAUCAUUAUGUCUGAUUCAACACUAAUAGACAACGUAUGAAUAUUUCUGUGCAUCUGUUGGAUGUCCACAUGUCGCUCUCCACCUAUGGAGUUGGCUGAGAAUUUUAACUGAUUUUAUAGUUUAUGUGUGUCCUUUGUUUUUCUCCUUAUAACUAACCAAUUUAAUUGAGCUCUUGAUUAAAAUAUCCAAACUGUGUUACA